GUUUGUUUUUUUACCAAGAGGAGUGAUUCAAAUUUACCGCGCCGUAAUGCUUGUUUCUAAUUGGUCCAACGGCAGGCGAGUUUACUCCACUAAAUUAUGACAUUGACAUUUCUGAAAUUGACACUAUUAUUUAAAAUUCAAAAAUUAUAUCGAGUUUUUGUGUUUUUGCGUUAUUCCUAUAAUUUUUUGAUUUUUCGUCUGCAUUUAUUUAAAAAAACAGUUCUUUUUAGAACUAUUUAGCGUCAUAUUAGUGUCAUUACGAUAAAAAUAUGGAUUCAAUGUCGAGUACUAGUGGUAAUUGCCCUUCUCCACCUAAAAAACGCGGAGUGAAUUUGGGUAGACAUUUAUCAUCAAAUGAAAAACAAUUCAUUAUAAAUAUGUACAAACAAAUAAAAAUUGAUGAUCCUGGAAUGAAAAUAACAGCCAUGGUAGCAAAAAUAAAGCAGGCAACAGGUGUUGCGAAUUCAACGAUUUAUAGAACCAUUAAGGAAUAUAAGCAAACUGGAACUGUAAGAUGUCCUAAAAAUAUUGGCGGUAGACCUGCUGUACUUUCAAGAUAUGACGAAAAAGUUAAAACAUCUGUACGACAGAUAGUACACAGCUUCUUUUUCAAGAACGAAAUGCCCACUUUAAAUAAAAUUUUAAGUGAAGUUAACAACCGCCCAGAUCUUCCAAACAUGUGUCGUUCAACAUUAUAUAAAUUCUUGAAGCAAAUAAAUUUUAAGUACUUGAAGAGAAGUCGAAGAAGUCAUCUUCCCAGAUAG